CUUAUCGCAACGGAGGGGGCGCGCCUGAUUUAAAGGACGCGCUCUCCAGUGUUGAUGUGUCGCAGAUUUUAAAACUCUGAAAGAGAGGGAGAGAGAUUCACAGAGAAAGAGAGAGAGAGGGAGAGGGAGACAGAGAAACAGAGGGAGAGAUAGAGAGAGAGACAGAGGGAGAGGGAGAGGGAGAGAGGGGAGGGGACAUCACAGUUAUUCGUGGAGUAGUGCAGGUGAAGCACGAGGACAGCGGAGCAGCAGAGAGUUGGAAGAAGCUUGCUUGAGGAGCAGUCAGAGUUCUGCUGCCUGGAGACAGAAGAGCGCGUGCCGCGUCCCGUCCGCCGGUAGAGACAUGGAGCUGUCCUCCAUCGGAGAGCAGGUGUUCGCCGUGGAGUCAAUCACCAAGAAGCGCGUGCGAAAGGGGAACGUGGAGUACCUCCUGAAGUGGCAGGGAUGGCCCCAGAAGUACAGCACCUGGGAGCCCGAGGACCACAUCCUGGACCCGCGCCUGGUGCUAGCCUACGAGGAGAAGGAGGAGCGGGACCGUGCGGUGGCGUUCCGGAGGAAGGGUCUCCGUCCCCGGCGGCUGCUGCUGAGGAAUCUCUUCGCCAUGGACCUCCGUAGCCAGCACAAGGAGGAGGCUCCGCCCCCUCCGCGGCUCCGCCUCUCUCUGGCGCGCUCCAUGAGCACCGACGUGGACCCGGGGGGGCGGGGGGGCCGGGGGGGGCUGUGCCGCCGGCUGGCCGGGCGCCGGGGGGGGGCGAGGCCCUCAGCUCACGGGCCGUCCCGCAAACACCGCCGCUUCCUGAGGAAGGAGAAGGAGCAGGAGGAGGAGGAAGAGGAGGAGGAGGAGGAGGAGGGCGGGGCCAUGCGGCGAGGAGGGUGGAAGUGCGGCGGGAAACCGGACAUGGAGCUGUCGGACUACGCCAGCGAGCCGCGCGCAGACAGCCUCUACGGUGGGUGGGUGGCGCGCCCGGGCGGAGCCCCGCCCCCUAAAGGUGGACUCACACCUCCGGAUCCGGACGAAAACCGUCCUUCCGUACCGAACGUUGUCUCCGGCCGUUCUGAGUGCAGCUCCCCGAUGACGCUUCACCCUGAGGACUCGUCAGCGGAGGAGAGCCUCGCCCUCAACCUGCUGGCCGUGCACUCGCUGGCCCGGGGGGGCUCCAGCUCCGGGGAGGACCCCGACCUGGGGGCCACGCUGGGGGGGCCCGCCGCCAAGACCCCCGUGUCCCCGGGCAGCCAAUCAGAGAGCUGGGAUUGCAUGUCGGAGGCGGGGCCCAAAGACGUCCUUAGCGACGGCGGGGAGGGGGACGUGGACAGCAGCACGGGCGGCCGGGAGGGGGGGCGGGGUCUGUCGGGGGACGUGGGGGUGGGGGGGCGGGGUCUGUCGGGGGACGUGGGGGUGGGGGGGCGGGGUCUGUCGGGGGACGUGGGGGUGGGGGGGCGGGGUCUGUCGGGGGGCGGGGGGUUGGGGGGGCGGGGUCUGUUGGGGGGCGGGGGGGCUCUCCCCCCACCGGGCCCCGCCUGGCAGAGGAGCGGCGCGUCGGUGAUCGUGAACAUUCAGGGGAGCGGGCCCCUGGACCCCCGGAGGGUCGAACCCCCCCCCGGGGGCCCCGAGGACCCCGAGGGGGGGUCCGGGGCCCCGGCGCUGCUCGCCCCGGCGCUCCCGGGAGACGAGGACGUGGCCGCCGGGACCCCCGACGAGAAGGUGACCGUCACCCAGGUGACCAUCAACGCCGUGACCGUGACGUUCCGGGAGGCCACGGAGGCCGAGGGCUUCUUCAAAGGCCUCUAGGUCGGGGAUUGGGGGCGGGGCCUGAAGGCAGAAAAGGGGAGGGGCGUGAUAGGAAAACAGAAGCUUUGGCUAUCACUCGCUUCAAACGUGUAAAUAGUUGUUUGUGUGUAUAUAUAUGUAUAUCUAUCUGUGUGUUUGUGUACGUGACAGAUCCUUCCAGAUGUUUACAGAAGUUCUUAUUGGCAAAAUUCCGAGGAUACGUUGAAUAUUGACCCAUUGCCUUUAAAGAAGAGAUCCGAGGAGAGCUGAGGGAACAGGGGUUCCUGGGGUUCGGACCGACUGCCGUUCGGGGCGGUGCACUCGUGUUCAGGCUGCAGACAGGCGGAGCGUGCGAAGCUCCAACCUCAUCACCUAUAUUAUGACUUCCAAGCAGCUACUUGUACCAGAGGGCUCCGCCUCCGUCUGUCGUCCCACACUGAACACCACUGUUACCGGGCCGCGCACCGGCCUCCUUUUCUAACAAAGCCUUUUGUACGACCGCCUCCUCCAGUGUUGAGCCGGCGCAUGCCCCGUCCGUCCCGUGCGUCCUGUGUCUCAGCAGGCUCCUCUCCCCGGCCCCCUCCCAGAGGAGCGGCGCGAUGAGGAGCCUCAGUAGAGUAGCACGUGCUGUUAGCCGUCUUUCUGUCCUCGUAGUUCGGAGUGUAGCCGACUGGUUCUAUUUUUAUAUCCUGACGCUCCUGGUGUGUGUGUUGUAUCAUGAAGAGGUGUCGGUGUACAACGUUACAGAGCUGUGUACAAUGAUGUGCUCACGCACGUGAGGUCAAGAGGUCCUGAGCUACUAUUUAUCGCAUGUCACAUAGGAUGGCCUCAACUAUAAUAACUAUACUAUCACUGGUCUCGUUGAAGUUUCUCUUUGAUGAAUGUUCGAAAUGUCUUUAUGAAAAAUGCCUUUUUAUUUGGACUGUAUUUACAAUAAAUAUGGAAACAUGAUUACCUGA